AAACAGAAAAUGGAACAAUCUCAGCUUCACUCACACUUCGAAUUGCACUCCUUCUCUCAUUCACACUUACAUAUAUUGUGCUUUUGUCUCUGGGUUUGUUGUUUGACUAUUUCGACUUCACUUUUCGAGUCAGACACAUCUUUUCGUUAUUUUGUGUUGCUGGGAGCCGAAGAUCAUUUCCCUUUCUGCCUAAUACCUACCUGUUAAGAUCAGAGAUGUUAUUAGUUAUAUUAAUGUUGAUGAUGGUUCCUUACAAUUCAGCCCUUCUUGAAAUUAUCGAUAUAUUCCCUCUUGAUGGUAUUGAUCUUAAAAACGUUGGUGAAAUGGGUAUAUUAUGUCGCUAUAAUGUGCGAAAUCUUGUUGAGUUGUUCCUGGUGCAAAAUCACAACCUCACCGUUGUAAAAUUUAAAUACAACAAGGAGAAGGGUGACUAUGAGAAAACAAUCAAGCAGGGAGGCUUCGACUGUACUUUAAUUAAUUAUGGUGAUAAAGGUCACUUUUUGUGCUGGAAGGACAAACCUACUUGCAAGGAUGCGACUUACUACACAUGUAAAACACCUUUAGAAUCUUCAAAACCUGAACUUAUGAAAGCAAAAUCUUACAUGAAGAAUCUGGAACUUCUUAAUCCGCCCUUUGAAGCGAACAAGACAUCGAUCUUCAGAUGUACAGCAUAUGUCGGUACACCUUUUGGUCGUCAUGCCUUUCUUUGGAUUGAAGACGGUUAUAGCGGCAAAAUUAAAACUGAACAGUAUGUGAAUGCUUCAACUAGUGACAAAUGUUAUGUUCUAGUAGAGUCAAUUCAUAAUUUCACUGUAAAACCGGACGACUUUGACGUCACAGUCAUCUCAUGUGAAGUAUUUGGCAACACACUUCAUAUACCAAUCAACUCAAAAGGAGAUGUGCAGGCAGUGAGGGAACUAAAAGCUAAUGCAAAACUACAAGUCAAUUUGGCUACAGAAGGAAAUUUUGAUCGUAGUUCAAAAUUACGUGAUUCGACUGGCUCCAGCAAUUUAACAAAAGGAAACUACUCCACGAGAGUGCCUCAGUUUGUCUGGUUGACAUGA